UCCAUGGAUGGUGGAAAAGGAACGCCAAACGUCAUUACCAGGGUGAAAAGGAAGGGCACGGACUAAUUCAACGACACACCAGCCAUGCAAUGAAACUAUCUGUCUUGUCUUGAGCUCGCGGGAUGGUUUUUCUUGCUACAUGUAUGUCUCCGUUGUCCACCCUGCCAUGCGAGUUUCUACUGAGCGUCGACUGCGCCGCCUGAGAAUUCACCGUCAGACGGCGGAAGGGCUUCACCAUGUCACUGAUGACCAUGGCCACUUUGAUGGCCCUUGCCUGCUUGUGCUUGGCCCCUGCAGUGGGUGCACCGGCGACGGUCUCGGCGCGGCGUCCGCUGCGGGACAACGACACGCUAGUCUCGGCGCAGGGCAAGUUCGAGCUCGGCCUUUUCACCCCCGCUGGCAGCUCCGACGGCAGGUUCUACCUCGGGAUCUGGUACAAGAACAUCCCCGGCCAGACCGUCGUCUGGGUCGGCAACCGGGCGAGUCCAUUGUCUGGCGUGGCCUCCGCCGAGCUCCGGGUCUCUGCCGAGGACGGUAACCUCGAGCUCGUCGGCCCCACCGCUGCCUCCGCCUCGCCGGUCCCAGUGUGGUCGUCGAACCUGUCGUCGUCGUCGUCGACACCGGGCUCGAACAACACGGCGGAGAUCCGCGACAACGGCAACCUGGUCCUUCUUGACGGCGGCAACACCUCCAAGGUGUUGUGGCAGAGCUUCGACCAUCCGACGGACACGCUGAUUCCCGGCGCGUGGCUCGGGGAGAACAAGCUCACCGGCGAGUACCAGGUGCUGACGUCGUGGCGGAGUGCCCAAGACCCUGCACCGGGGAUGUUCACCGACACGGUGGAUCCCAACGGGACUAGCGAGUUCUUCUACAUGUGGAACCAGUCACGCACGUACUGGCGGAGCGGCGUUUGGACGGGGCGAUUCUUCGCGACCAUGCCGGAGGCGACGAGGAACAUCCUCUUCAACCAGACGUACGUGGAGACGCCGACAUACCGGCGCGUCAGUAACGCGCUCUACAACAACGCGACCAUCACGCGCCUGGUGCUCGAGCUCACCGGCCAGACGAAGCAGUACACCUGGGUGCCAGCGAGCCAGAACUGGCAACUUUUCUGGGCCGCGCCCACCGUGCAGUGCGACGUGUACGCGCUCUGCGGCGCGUUCGGCGUCUGCGACCUGAGUAGCCAGCCGUCGUGCAGGUGCCCACCCGGGUUCGCUCCGGCGUCGGAGGGGGACUGGACGCUCAGCGACUGGAGCGGUGGGUGCCGCCGUAGUGUGCCGCUAUGGUGCCCGCACAACGGCUCCACGACGGACGGAUUCCUGACGCUGCCCAACGUGAAGCUCCCCAACGACAGCGACUUGCUCGCCGUGGGCGCUGCCCAGAGCAAAGCAGAGUGCGAGUCCGCCUGCCAAAACAGCUGCUCUUGCGAGGCCUAUACCUUCUCCGCCGGGAGGUGCGCGGUCUGGCACGGAGAGCUCCGCAACCUUCAGCAGCUCUACGCGGACUCCGGCGUCUCCCGGUCGUCAGAUCUUUAUCUCCGGCUCUCGGCAAUAGGAUUGCGAGACCUCCACAGCUCAGGCAGGAAAGGGGGGAGAUCAUCAUGGCUUGUUCGUGGCAUGACAUUGCUAGGUGUUGUUGCACUGUGCGCAUCGGUGAUACUGGCCUGGAGGAUUCUCGUUGCCCGGAGGAGGCGACGACUGGUGCACAUGGCAAACGAGAAGGACAAGGGGUCCUCCUUAACCGUGUAUAGCUACGGUGAGCUCCAGGCCGCCACCAAUAACUUCUCGGAGCGGCUGGGCGGCGGCGGCUUCGGCUCCGUGUACCGCGGCGUCCUGAAGCAGCAAAAGGGAGGCAACACGACCCAAGUCCAAGUGGCAGUCAAGAAGCUCGAAAGUCUUGGGCGGCAAGGCGACAAGCAGUUCCGGACGGAGGUGAGCACGCUGGGGCUCAUCCAGCACGUGAACCUCGUCCGGCUCCUCGGCUUUUGCUCGUCGUCGAACGAGAAGAUGCUCGUCUACGAAUACAUGCCCAGAGGCUCCCUCGAUCGCUACCUCUUUCGCGCCGGCGCGUGCCCGAGCUGGCGCGAUCGCUACUGCAUCAUGAUCGGCGUGGCGAGAGGGCUGGCCUACCUGCACCACGGCUGUCGUGAGUGCAUCAUACACUGCGACAUCAAGCCGGAGAAUAUAUUGCUAGACGAGGACAUGUCCCCAAGGAUAGCUGAUUUCGGGAUGGCGAAGCUGGUGGGGAGGGACUUCAGCCGUGCACUGACGACGAUGCGGGGCACCAUCGGGUACCUCGCGCCGGAGUGGAUAUCGGGGCAACCCAUUAGUGCCAAGGCCGACGUGUACAGCUUCGGGAUGGUGCUCUUCGAGCUCAUCUCGGGACGGCGCAACUCCGAGAGGUGCAGCGAGGUGGACGAUGUGGCGGGGACUGGGCGGUGCGGGUCGUCAGCCUUCUUCCCCGUCUGGGCCGCCGGGAAGGUCUUGGAAGGGGAGGUGGGCACCGUGGCCGACCCGCGGUUGCGCAACGACGUGGUGCCGGAGGAGCUGGAGCGGGCGUGCAGGGUGGCAUGCUGGUGCAUCCAGGACGAGGAGGCGCAUCGCAUGACAAUGGCGCAAGUUGUGCAUGCGCUGGAGGGCACUAUCCAUGUCCACACACCACCGGUGCCGCGGGCGCUGCAGAACCUCGUCAAACUCACGUAAUCCACACGGCACGCGCAAAGUGUACACUUCCUAUUAACCAAAAUGA